CCUCCUCCCCCAGUCUGGACCUGGUCUCCCAGCGCCGUGACGCUCCUGCCGCCUGUCCCGGCUCCGCCGACUCUCGCCAGUUGUCAGACGGAGAGUGGGAGCCCACGGCCCGGGACCGAGACCGAGAGGCUGCGGAGCCGGAGCUUCAUGGACGUGUGACCCCCCCAGCCUGCCCCGAUCUCUGCCGGACAGUCUGCGACCGCUCCCCGCUCCCCUCCCCGCUCCGGACACUCGCCACCAUGACCGGGAGGUCAGACACCAGGUGGAAGUUGAAGCGGUUCUGGCGGCAGCUCCUCUGCACCCUGGUUCUGAGCGGCGUCCUCCGGGGCUGCAGCGCGGCAGCAGCCGGUCCCGUGGACAUUCUGCAAGCUUUAGAGUUUCAAAAUUUUCCAGAAGGCGUAGUGAAAACGGCCGGAUACUGCAAGAACCGGAGGAACGCACCUGGACCCGACGUGGCCUAUCGAGUCAGUAAGCGGGCACAGCUCAGUGCCCCCACCAGGCAGCUGUACCCCGAUGGACAAUUUCCCCGGGAUUUCUCCAUCCUCGUCACCCUGAAACCCAAGCGCAACACCCAAGCCUUCCUGCUGUCCGUCUACAAUGGGCAGGGUGUGCAGCAGCUGGGCGUGGAGGUCGGGAACUCCCCUGUAUUCCUGUACGAGGACCAACAUGGUCAACCAGCUCCUCAGGACUACCCAAUCUUUGGAACCAUCAACCUGUCUGACAACAAGUGGCAUCGACUUGCUAUCAGUGUACAGAAGAAGAACGUGACGCUGAUCCUGGACUGCAAGAAGAAGAUCACCAAGGCUCUGCCGAGGAGCAGCAAUCCUGUCCUGGACACAAGUGGGAUCGUGGUGUUCGGUACCAGGAUCCUGGACGAAGAGGUUUAUGAGGGGGAUAUCCAGCAACUGUUGAUUGUUCCAGAUCCCCGAGCAGCGUACGAUUACUGUGACCAUUAUAGCCCUGACUGCAACACUCCACUGCCCCAGCUACCACAGGCACAGGAAGCACAGAUCACCGAGUACCCUCUGGAAGAGACCCUGGAAUAUGACUAUGGUGAUAGUGACGCAGACUUUGCACAGUAUUACCAUCACCUGGCUGAGGAAAACCCAACAAUGGAAGGGGCAGAAAGCCCAAUCCAGGAAGUGAACAAUGUCUUGCCAGAGCAGCAGGUGGAGGAUUAUUACUAUGAAAUCGUUGAAGAAACAACCAGCUCUUCGUCGGCUAGAGAGAAAGCCAAUGAGACCAACACCGAAGAAGAUUACAAAGAAUAUGUGACUGGAGAGGAUGAUUACUAUCCCGACAAGAAAGAACCUGAGGGAACAGAACAGGACUUCAAUGAGUAUGAGUUCGGCGAAUAUGACUUCAAAGAGUAUGGCGUCAAUGAACACAGCCUCAAAGAGCAUGACCCCAAUGAAUAUGACCCCAAUGAAUAUGACCCCAAUGAGUAUGACCUCAAAGGGCAAGGCUCCAAAGGUUCUUCUGCUAAAGGAUCAAGUGCCAAUGAUCACGAUUUUAAAGCAUACGACACAUACGACACAUACGACACUGAGUAUGAUCACAAUGAAUAUGACCCCAACGAACAUGAUCUCAAAGGGCAAGACCACAAAGGGCAAGACUCCAAAGGUUCUCCUCUAAAGGAUCAGGCGCCAAUGAUCAUGGCUUUAAAGCAUACGACAUUGAGUACGACCCCAAUGAAUAUGACCCCAAUCAUUACGGAGAUGAAUAUUACUACGAGGUCACAGAAUAUGAGGAUAAGGACCCAGUGGUCACAGCUGAGGAGAACGUUGGUCGGGGUUGCUGCCGAGAUAAGUGUGAGCACAAAUGCCUUGGGGCUGAGAGGGGAGAAAGGCCAGAAAGGAGAACCUGCUGUGGUGGAGCCGGGAAUGUUGAUCGAAGGGCCGCCUGGAUUAGCCGGACCCGUGGGUCUCCCAGGCUCCCCGGGUCUGAUGGGCCCGCCUGGCCCUCAAGGUGAUCCAGGCCAACGGGGUCCCACCGGACGAGCUGGUCUUCCCGGAGCUGAUGGAUUACCUGGACCGCCAGGCACAAUGCUGAUGCUUCCUUUCCGCUAUGGGUCCAGUGGUGAGAAGGGGCCGCCGAUAUCAGCUCAGGAAGCACAAGCACAGGCCAUCCUACAGCAGGCCAGGAUCGCCAUGCGAGGUCCCACCGGUCCAAUGGGACUGACAGGAAGGUCCGGGCCAGUGGGAAUUCCAGGCAGUCCGGGAUUGAAGGGUGACGCAGGAGAUGUCGGUCCCCCGGGUCCUCGUGGAAUUCAGGACUGGUCGUUCCUGGAGCCUGACGGGUCCCGGGAUAUGCCAGGAGAGCUGGAGGAAAGUGGCUUGCCUGGACUUCCUGGAGAGAAAGGCAACCGGGGUGAGACAGGAGCACAGGGUCCCCCUGGGGCACCAGGAGAAGAUGGCGUCAGGGGAGAUGAUGGUGAGAUCGGACCCCGAGGCUUGCCGGGAGAAGCUGGUCCCAGAGGACUUCUCGGGCCUCGAGGAUCUCCCGGACCUCCAGGACAACCUGGACCUUCUGGUUUGGAUGGACCUCAGGGGUCAAAGGAAACAUGGGACCUCAAGGAGAGCCGGGCCCUGCGGGGGCAACAGGGAAUCCCAGGACCCCAGGGUCUCCCUGGACCUCAAGGCACAAUUGGACCACCAGGAGCAAAGGGUCCUCAGGGUAAAGCUGGUCUCGCAGGUCUUCGAGGAGCUGAUGGACCUCCGGGACAUCCAGGAAAAGAAGGUCCCCCUGGGGAGAAGGGCUCUCAGGGAUCCCCUGGUCCACAGGGUCCGAUUGGAUACCCCGGGCCCCGGGGAGUGAAGGGUGCCGAUGGAGUCCGUGGUCUCAAAGGCGGAAAAGGAGAAAAGGGUGAAGAUGGUUUUCCUGGGUUCAAGGGUGACAUGGGGCUGAAGGGAGAGCGGGGUGAGACUGGAUUACACGGACCACGUGGAGAGGAUGGACCUGAGGGUCCCAAAGGUCGCUCCGGACCCCCAGGUGACCCUGGGUCCGCAGGAUUGGCCGGAGAGAAGGGAAAGUUGGGCGUUCCAGGAUUGCCAGGAUAUCCCGGCAGGCAAGGACCAAAGGGAUCAACUGGUUUCCCAGGAUUCCCAGGUUCAAACGGAGAGAAAGGAGCAAGGGGCGCUCACGGAAAACCUGGUCCCAGAGGUCAACGAGGUCCAACAGGCCCACGAGGAGGUCGCGGUCCCAGAGGCCCCACCGGAAAACCUGGACCAAAGGGAACGUCAGGCAAUGACGGACCUCCGGGAACUCCUGGGGAAAGGGGACCACAAGGACCUCAGGGGCCAGUAGGAUUCCCUGGACUGAAGGGCCCACCCGGCCCUGCUGGUAAGGAUGGACUUCCUGGACACCCCGGUCAGCGGGGGGAGACGGGUUUCCAAGGCAAGACUGGACCACCAGGUCCAGGAGGUGUUGUUGGACCCCAGGGAUCCACAGGAGAGACAGGUCCCCUGGGUGAGAGGGGACAUCCAGGGCCCCCAGGCCCUCCUGGAGAACAGGGACUGCCGGGAGCUGCCGGGAAAGAAGGAGCCAAGGGUGAUCCUGGACCGAGUGGAGUUGCCGGGAAAGAUGGUCCUCCUGGAUUACGAGGUUUUCCUGGGCAGCGAGGACUUGCUGGAGCCACGGGUCCGGCGGGAUUGAAGGGAGCUGAGGGUCCAAUGGGACCGGUUGGGCCAGUGGGCUCUCCUGGUGAGCGAGGAUCAGCUGGGCCUGGUGGACCUAUUGGUCUCCCUGGUCGUCCUGGACCACAAGGUGGACUUGGCCCUGCUGGAGAAAAAGGAGCUCCGGGGGAGAAGGGACCUCAGGGUCCAGCUGGUCGGGAUGGAGUUCAAGGUCCUGUGGGCUUGCCUGGUCCUGCUGGUCCACAGGGACCUCCAGGAGAAGAUGGUGACAAGGGGGAGAUUGGAGAACCUGGUCAGAAAGGAACCAAGGGAGGGAAAGGAGAACAGGGACCACCUGGACCUCCAGGGCUUCAAGGACCCAUCGGUCAACCAGGAGCUGCUGGAGGAGAUGGAGAGCCAGGUCCUCGGGGCCAGCAGGGAAUGUUCGGGCAGAAAGGUGAUGAAGGAUCACGUGGAUUCCCUGGUCUUCCUGGUCCAGUUGGUCUACAGGGUCUUCCAGGACCUCCUGGUGAGAAAGGAGAGUCGGGCGACGUUGGGGCGAUGGGACCCCCAGGACCUCCUGGACCAAGAGGACCUCAUGGUCCAAGCGGUGCUGAUGGAGCUCCAGGACCCUCAGGUGCAAUUGGUUCUCCUGGUGGUGUGGGUGAGAAGGGUGAGACUGGUGAAGCAGGUGACCCUGGUCCUCAAGGGGAGAGAGGGCGCAAGGGUCCGAAAGGUGACGUGGGAGAGAAGGGUGAAGCAGGACCCCCAGGAGCAGCCGGACCAGCAGGACCCAGGGGGCCACCAGGAGAUGAUGGGCCGAAGGGUAACCCGGGUCCCGUUGGCUUCCCUGGUGAUCCUGGACCCCCUGGUGAAGCAGGAACUCCUGGUAUGGAUGGAACAGCUGGAGAGAAGGGGGAGGAUGGAGAGGCUGGUCUGCCGGGUCCUCCCGGCCCCUCUGGAGAAGCCGGACCACCAGGACCUCCAGGAAAGCGGGGACCUCAUGGAGCAGCAGGGGCUGAAGGAAGACAAGGAGAUAAAGGAGCCAAGGGUGAAGCAGGCGCCGAGGGACCUCCAGGCAAGACAGGUCCCGUGGGACCCCAGGGUCCUCCAGGAAAAUCAGGGCCCGAGGGAUUGCGAGGCAUUCCCGGCCCAGUGGGUGAACAAGGACACCCGGGACCCCCUGGUCAGGAUGGCCCACCUGGACCCAUCGGACCCCCUGGGCUGCCUGGGCUGAAGGGGAAUCCAGGAAACAAGGGAGAGAAGGGACAUCCAGGUCUGAUUGGACUGAUCGGCCCUCCAGGAGAACAGGGCGAGAAGGGUGACCGUGGGUUGCCCGGACUACAGGGCACUCCAGGAAGCAAAGGAGACAUUGGACUGGCUGGAGCUGCAGGACCCCUUGGACCCCCGGGACCCCCUGGCCUGCCUGGUCCAAUGGGGCCGAAGGGAUCCAAAGGAUCAACGGGUCCAGCAGGUCAGAAGGGUGACACUGGUCUGAUCGGCGUUCCCGGACCUCCCGGUCCCCCAGGAGAGCUGAUCCAGCCACUGCCCAUCCGGUCACCCAAGAAGACCAGGAGGUCUCCGGAUGGCAUGCAGGCUGACCAGAAGGACAACGUGGUGGACUAUGUCGAGGGCCUGGAUGACAUCUUUGGCUCCCUGGACACCCUGAAGAUGGAGGUGGACCGCAUGAAGAACCCAAUGGGAACUCAGAGCAACCCGGCCCGGACCUGCAAGGACCUGCAGCUGUCCCACCCAGACUUCCCGGAGGGUGAGUACUGGAUUGACCCAAACCAGGGCUGCACUGGAGAUUCCUUCAAGGUUUACUGCAACUUCACGAGUGGAGGCGAGACCUGCAUCUACCCAGACAAGAAGUCAGAAGGAGCUCGACUCUCUUCCUGGUCCAAGGAGUCACCCGGAUCCUGGUUCAGUGAAUUCAAGCGGGGAAGGCUGCUCUCCUACGUGGAUGCUCAGGGUGAAACCAUUAACCUGGUGCAGAUGACGUUCCUGAAGCUGUUGAGUGCAUCUGCGCGACAGAACUUCACCUACAACUGUCACCAGUCCGUGGGCUGGCAUGACACUUCGUCUGACAGCUACGACAAGGCACUGAGGUUUCUGGGCUCCAACGAUGAGGAGAUGUCACAUGAUAACAACCCCUACAUCAAAGCCAUCUCUGACGGCUGUAGUUUGAGGAAAGGUUUGGAGAAGACUGUACUUGAGAUCAACACCCCCAAAGUGCAGCAAGUGCCAAUCAUAGACUUUUUGGUGAGUGACUUUGGGAAUCCCAGCCAGAAGUUUGGGUUUGAAGUCGGUCCCGUCUGCUUCCUGGGUUAAGGACGGAGACCUGACCGUACAGAACAAUUGAACACCCAACUUUCCUCAAGACACGUGCAAGUUCUGCAGCUGGAUGGACAAGCCUUCCCUCAGUGUACGUACUAUUACCUAGAAAUUACUGAAUGCCCUUGUGGGGCCCGAAUCACAUGACUUAAACAUAUUAUGGGAGACCAGAAGCUCAGCCAUGGUGUGGAGUGACCCUCUGUGCCGUGUGGUGUUACCUCAUGGUGGAGUCAUUGCUUCAGCAGAGGUUUCUUGUGGUGCCUAAUCUGACAGCUAAGAUGCUGAGAAGAUGUAUUUUAUUGAACUGUAAUUAUUCUUUUUGUAAAUUAUCUCUCAUCUUUCAGAACUUGCAAGUGUCUCUCUCUCUCUCUCUCUCUCUUUGGCUUCCCAUUUUGUGUCUUUUUCAAUACCUUUUUUUGUAAAAUUAAUUAUAAAAUAUACUGUGUAAACGAUAAAUCAGAAAUAAAGUGUUAGCCUCUUGUGAA